AUUUCCCUCGUUAGCCAUACAGUCUACAAUUUGUACUUUCACCCCUUAUCCAAAUUCCCGGGUCCGUGGUAUGCUGGUAUAUCAGAAUUUUUCUUCGCCUAUACCAUCGUCAGUGGAUCAGGUUAUUUGACAAUGAGAGAUCUUCAUGAGAAGUACGGUGAGGUGGUCCGCGUCGCUCCAGGCGAACUAUCAUAUUCCUCUGCGAAUUCCUGGAAAGAUAUCUACAUGCAGCGCAAGUCAGGUAAUGUCUUCACCAAGGACCCCAGAUUUCUCAAACUGCUGGUACGUCCUUGUUUCUCACGGGUGCACGCAAAUGAAACCAAUCAGCUGACUUUUCAGUCUCAUGCAUUUUCUCCCAAAAAUCUCCUUGAGCAGGAAGAUAUUAUUCUGAGGUAUGUCAACAUAUUGAUGGCAUCCAUGGCCGAGGAGUCCCGCAAAGGGCCCUUAGACCUCAAACAAUGGUACAAUUGGGUUACAUUCGAUGUCCUCGGAGAACUUUGUUUCGGGGAAUCAUUCGGCUCGGUCGAAGCAAGGAAAACCAACGAAUGGGUCGCGACAAUCCUGAACAUGGUGAUCUUUGUUUCCUGGUCUUGUGCCCUUGGCCACGUGUCUCCUUUGCUGGAAAAGAUGGUUUGGGUUCUCAGCCCACCAUCGGUCAGAAAAGCGGCGCUUAAUCAUAUCGAGAAGUCCCAAGCAAAGAUCCAGGCUCGAAUAGAUAGAGGAGAAGGGGAGAGGAAGGACUUCUGCUCUUAUAUAUUCGAACUGAGGGACCAGAUGGGUCUCAAUGAUUGGCACAUGACUUCGUAUAGCAAUACCCUAAUUAUUGCAGGGAGCGAAACGACUGCGACAACUCUGAGCGUGUUAACAUACUGGCUGUGCAGGACACCGCGCGUGUAUGAGAAGUUGAAGCAAGAGAUUAGGUCGCGAUACAAUUCGUCGAGCGAGAUCACUAGUCAGAGUGCGACGUUUCCAUAUUUGACGGCUGUCAUCAACGAGAUAUUGAGGCUCGUGCCACCAAUGCCCUUUGGGACGCCACGGGUUGUGCCCAAAGGCGGCGAGACUGUGGAUGAAGUCUUGAUUCCUGAAGGAACAGUGGUCAGCGUCCACGGCUACUGCGCAGCGCGUAAUGCCAAAUACUUCAAAUACCCUGAUUCCUUCGUCCCUGAGCGUUGGCUAGAUCCGGAGAGCACCGACAAUCUCUCCGCGAGCUGCCCAUUCCUUCUAGGACCUGGAGCUUGCCUUGGACAGAAUAUGGCGCUGAUGGAGAUGAGGAUUCUGAUUGCAAAGAGCGUGUUCUUGUUCGACUAUGACUUGGCGGAUGAUAAUGAGCGCGCGUGGGAGCAUAUGCGUAAUUUCAUCCUGUGGGAGAAACCCGAGCUGUUGGUCAAGGUUACACCAAGAGAUGUUACUUGA